AUGAACCUAAAUCUGUCGGCAUCGAUCAACGUCUUCAAGCUGCUGGCGAAGCCGUCAUUAUGUCUUCCUCAUGCGACGGUCAGCACCUUCGAUGACAUUCCCAUUCCUCUCGACAAGGCUUUUGCUAGAAAGGGCAGAAAUGUUGACAUCAGAGCUGUGGUUUUGGAUAAGGACGACUGCUUUGCUUACCCGGAACAAAAUGAGAUACACGAACCAUACAAGAAUCGGUUUGAGGCUCUGCGAGCUGCUUACCCUGGACGUCGUCUUCUCAUCGUAUCAAACACUUCCGGCGCCACCAGUUACGAUGUGGACGGCAGGCUUGCCAUGGAGGUUGAGAAAUCCACGGGAGUCAGUGUUCUCUCGCAUCGAGUGAAGAAGCCUGGGUGCGGUGAGGAGAUCUUGUCAUACUUCCGCAGCCAUCCGGAAACAGGAGUGACGAGUCCUCACCACAUUGCCAUUGUUGGGGAUCGCCUGGCAACCGACAUGAUGCUGGCCAAUAUGAUGGGUAGCUGGGGACUGUGGGUCAAAGACGGCGUUGUCCCUUUACAGAAGAAGAGCAUUUUCUCCAAGGUCGAAAGAUCAUUGGCACCCUAUCUCCUCGCUCGGGGAUAUUCUGCCCCAGAGCCUUCAAGCCCCUUUGAAUGA